AUGGAGCCUAUGGGGAUGGAGACAAUCUCUGCCCGACUUGAGAGCUUCAGAGUGGCCCACCGGCCACUAUCCAAGGGAAGAACUUCGGGGGUUAAGACAAAGCCCAUUGCCUGGCCCCAUAGAAGACCCUCGCCUGAAGAAUUAGCGCACGCCGGCUUCUACUAUCAGCCAACGGAUAUCAGCCCGGACAAUACCGCUUGUUUUCUGUGUCGAUAUGCUCUAGAUGGCUGGGAGGACGACGAUGACCCAAUUACGGAGCAUUUGCGACAUUCUAGUCAAUGUGGAUGGGCAAUGAUGAUGGACAUAACGAGACGUUCUUCAAAUCCCGCCGAAAUUGCGGAUCCAACAAGCAUUGAGAUUACUGAAGCCCGACGAGCAACUUUUGGUACAUGGUGGCCGUAUGAUGGCAAAAAAGGAUGGAAAUGCAAGACUGAGAAGAUGGUCGAAGCCGGGUGGUAUUUUUGCCCGAACGAAGAAAGCAACGAUUUCGUUAGCUGCGCAUAUUGCAAUCUGUCGCUGGAUGGCUGGGAACCCAAAGAUGACCCCUUUGAUGAGCAUUAUCGCCGAUCCUCCGAGUGCUCCUUCUUCCAUUUUGCGUCCAUACCUGGGAAGAAAGGCAAACGCGGCAGCAGGAGCGUUCGUUCAUCAACUGCAUCGCGAAUAUCAAUACAAUCCACCGUUAGCACGCUGUCUACGGCAGACGAUGACAGUGAAGGACUGCGUGAUUCUUGCUCCCAGCCAUUGGCCGACGUACCAAUGCCAGCAAAGAGAAGCAAAGCGACAAGAAAAACCAAGGCAAAAAAGGAUGAGGUGACGCUUGAGGUAGAUGACCAUGAAGAAAGAGUCGAAAAAUCCGGACCCAAGAAGAGGGGAAGAAAGCGAAAGAGUGAAGAAAUAGCAGAACAUGAAGUAACGGAGAUAACAACCCCUAGCGUUGUAAUAUCAGAACCAGCAGCCAAAAGACGGGCCACGGGGUCACGAAAAGCAAGUGUUGCUCUGAGUGUCGUCGUGCCUGACAUUACUGACGACGAACUGCACGCACCCACCAAACCAGCCAAAAGGCAGCCCAAAGGUAGAACGACGAAGAAAAGAAAUACAUCUUCAAGCCGUGUGUCAACAGCUUCCACUACGCCAUCGACCUCGCAAAUACCGGAUGAUAGUGAGAUUGAGGCUCAGUUGGAAGCUGACCUUGAAAGAACAAACGUCGACAUCUUGGAGCAAGGCCAACCAUUACAAAUCAAAAGCAAGAAGACAAGACGCUCAAACGAUACAGAAGGGCAUAGCAAAGAGCCAACCCCAAAAGGUAGCCGCAAAAAAGCCCCGGGAAAAAAGAAGAUUACGAAGGAAAGCCUCCCCAAGAGUCAAGAUAACGAAGGACUAUUGGAUGAUACAGAACAGGGUAGACAGGCCAGCUUUUCGGAUGAAGUACACAGAGGCCUCGAAGAUCCUGAAACAGCGACUCUUCAAGCGCCAGGGAAAGAAGAAAAGCUGCCAAUCGAAUCGAUAGUAUCCCCAAAACAAAAUCCAGGCAGCGGCCAAAGGAAGUCCCGGAAUAAAAAGGAUAGCUUUGAGAAAGCAAAAGAAAUUCCAAUGGAAACUAUGGGGCUGGGCUCCAUACUUCCAGGUCCCAACCACAUCGAUCUCGAAGUUGCUGUAAGAGAACAGGAAAUCACUAUCUUCGAUGAAGCGCAGGCAGGCCUGAGACCCGAACAAACAAUAUACGGAAAUAGCCCAGGAAUUUUGGAUGAAGAAGGCGGACAGCGAAGGAAAUCAAGCAUACCAUCGGCCACGUCUAGGGGUCAAGCAAUGGCAUCCAGCCUAGUUAACCCCGCAUCUCCGUCUCCAUUCAAGGGCCACACUCCUUCCCCAUCACCUCAAGCUUCAGACGCCGAAAACCGACCCCCUUCUUCUGGGCCCUCAGCUCGCCACGCUGUGCCGUCCUCAUCAGUCUCUCGGGCACCACCCGGAUCUUUAGGGCCAAGUACGCCUGGAACAUCAACCAGGAGGGCAUUUGACCACUCAAUUUAUUCCGCUACUCCUAAUCCCUGGAGUCCCGCAGAUUUAGGUGACGCUCUACUACCUCGUUCUGCGAACAAAGAGAACGUAGAUUUUAAGGAGAUGUUGCAAGCGGCCAAGGGCGAUCUGACCAGCCCUGAAAAACGCAUGACUGUUGAAGAGUGGAUAGCGUGGAAUGCUAAAAAAGGAGAAUUAAAGCUCCGUAAUGAGUGUGAGAGACUUGUAAAUCUUUUCGAAAGUGAGGGAGGGAGAGCAAUGCGAGUACUGGAGGAAGUCGAAUGCAUUGAUUGA